CCAAAAAGGAAUCAAUAGUUGAGAGGAGAUUUCGGCUUUGGAAUUUUUGAACAUAUCUAUCAUAGCCUUGGAAAUGUCUAAGUACGUUUACCACCAUGCAAGCUAUGUCUUAAUUGGUCCAUUAAUGGUCCAUUAAUUAACUUCAUUAGCCAAUAAUUUCUUCUUUCGAUGCAGUAUUUGGGGUUACACAUCUCAGACCAUUUGGUUUUCCUUUUACGAAGUUCAAUCCUCUUCAAGGGUUGUUACUGGUGAAGCAAUCAACAAUUUCAUUGGCGCCACCAUCAAAAACAAGAUUCUGUCGAAGGUUUAGGGUUACACUGCUCAGACCAUUCGGUUUUCCUUCUAUGAGGGUCGUAGCUGGUGAAGCAAUCAAACAUUUCAUUGGUGCCACCAUCAAAUCCACAUGUUUCCCUCUGAAGCUGGUGAGAAUUUUCCUCGAUUAUCCUGAUACUGCCAUGGAUGAACAACAAUAUUUGAAAAAAUGUUCACUAGAAGCGCGUUCAAAAAGAAGAUUGAUUUUAAAUCAAAAACGUCCUAGCAGAUCCAAGAUCUCUACUGAAGGUGAAAAUAUGCCUCGUCACACUAAUGAUGGGAAUCAUUUAUCUGGACCAGCCAUGUAUGUUGAGACAAGUACACAUUCAAUGUCCACACCUCUGUCAUAUUAUUCUAAGGAGCAAGAAACUUCAUUUAUCAAUCGUAACAUAUCUACUGCAAGAUUAUUUGGACGAACUUUGGUAUCAGGCGGACAUACUAUCGGUGAAAACCAUCAUGUAUCCCCGGGGGAAUCAGAAAUUCGUUCUAUCACUCAUCUUGAGGGAGUUAAAGGAAGAAAAGAGUGUUCUUCUAUUGCAAUGAAGAUGUCAUUUCCACCAGCACUGAACUCUUCUUUGCCAUACUUCACCAGCAAUGGCCUUCUCGCAAGUUCCAUUCCCAAUCUUCCAACAACUCAGAGUCCAAUCUCAAUACCCUCUAUAGAUAUCAACUCCUCAGAUGUACUCAUCAGACGGGCAGCAAUGUACCAGGAUUACAUGGAGCAGAUCCCAAUCCCGAGUAGUCGAGGCUCAGUCAUUCCAUUUACCUCAUGGAUGGGCUUAGGACAAUCAAUUAAGAAGCUAUAUGGACAACCUCUUCAUUACCUCACAAAUAUUAUCCUUAAGCAAUGGGAUCAAAUGAGAAUUGGCAGUGAGGAUGAGUAUAGGCGCUUAGAUGACAUAAUUCAUCCUUGCAAAGCUGAAGCCACCAUCUGGCUCAUGGAACAAGUCCAUCGCCAAGCGUCAUCGCAUUUUCAUCUUGCUAAUCUCUGGAAGAAGGACCCAAUGUACAAUGGUUUUCUUGAUUCCAUUUUCCCAACAUUACAGGCCACAUCAUGAAGCCUCGUUUUUUGUUUUAGACUAUUUUCCUUUUAAAUACAUGGUUGCAUCUCAGUAUUUGUCCCCAAGACACUGCUAAUGAUAUUCCAGUCUUAGUUACAAUCCUGGAUUGAAAAUUUUGUAUGACCUACCUCAAAUUACAGCAUGUUGUGAAUUUUGUUGAAAAAAAUUACUUAAAACAUGAUUUAAACAAACAAGGUUUUAGUAAA